CUAAGACAAACACUGGAACAGGCGUGUCCACUGUAAAUUGUUAAUCAAACACAUCCCCUUUAUUCUGCAUUAAUUUACACCUUGAUCCCUGAAGGGAAGAAGGGGCAAGCAGGCAGUCCACAGACCAUGUCUACUGGCUCUCUGAGUGAUGUGGAGGACUUCCAAGAGGUGGAAAUGUUGGGAUGUGAUGGCAUCAAACUGGAUUCUAGUAAAGAGUUUGGGCUUUCAAAUGACAGCAACGAGGAAAGUUCCAAUUGUGACAAUGGAUCUCCCAAGAAAGGCAGAGGAGCUACAGGAAAGAGAAGGAAAGCCUCACGCAAGAAAAGUCCCCUGGGUGGGGUUAACCAUGAAGGAAAGCAGGUCCAGAGGAACGCUGCCAAUGCCAGGGAGAGAGCCAGGAUGAGGGUACUCAGCAAAGCUUUCUCCAGACUCAAGACUACCUUACCCUGGGUACCACCGGACACUAAGCUGUCCAAGCUGGACACCCUGAGGCUGGCUUCAAGCUAUAUUGCUCAUCUGAGGCAGAUACUAGCCAAUGACAAGUACGAGAAUGGAUACAUCCACCCUGUGAACCUGACGUGGCCGUUUAUGGUGGCUGGAAAACCUGAAAAUGACCUCAAAGAGGUGGUGGGCUCAAGUCGCCUAUGUGGGACCACAGCGUCAUGACCUUAGGAAAGGAGCCUAUAGACAGCCACUGCAGGAAGGGACAUCUCACCUUAUCAUGACAAGAACUUCUAAAGACUAUAUAAGCAUAUUCAAGAGAAGAGACCAAAUGUAUAUAACAAACGAUCCCUUUUUAUAUUUAACUCGAUGACCUUGUAUAUAUUUUGCUGUCCUGAGCCUUGCUGGUCCAAGAGAACUCGGAACACUCUUUGCAACGUUGUACUAUAUGAUUAAAUAUAGGGUGUCUUGUCAGGCUUUGAGAGCCUCCUCUGCUGAUCCCCCUUGUUUCAGAUACAAAAGAUUUAUAUUAAAAGUAUAUAUUUUUUUUUCCAC